AUGCGCGCUUCUACUCUUACUGAGAUAGCCCUCGUGCUCGCCAGCGGCCUUUGCGUCAACGCCGAUCUGACGACUACCAUUAACCCCAAGACAAACUGGGGAACCUGGGAAGGAUGGGGAACGUCGCUGGCCUGGUGGGCUCAGCAAUUCGGCGACCGAGACGAUUUGGCAGAUGUAUUCUUCACGCUCAAGGAUACCAAAUUCGGUAGUGUUACUCUGCCAGGUCUCGGCUUCAAUCACGCUCGCUAUAACGCUGGCGCAUGCAGUUGGAACACCGUCGGCACAGACAAGAUGGUCGUGUCACCCAACAUCAAGAGAUCGAGGCAAAUGGAAGGAUUCUGGUUGGAUUGGACGAGCUCUGACCCAAAUUCUGCCAGCUGGAACUGGAAUGUGGAUGUCAAUCAACGAAAGGCUCUGCAAAAGGCUAUCGAGAGGGGUGUCGAAAAGACCGAACUCUUCAGCAACAGCCCAAUGUGGUGGAUGACACGCAACCACAACCCAUCCGGAGCCAGCGAUGGAUCCGAAAACAUCCAAUCGUGGAACCUGGAGCAGCAUGCCGUGUACAUGGCAACGGUUGCUCAAGUCUUCAAGUCCAAAUGGGGCAUUGAGUUCGAAACUGUUGACCCAUUUAAUGAGCCUACAGCCAACUGGUGGAAGGCCGAUGGCACCCAGGAGGGAUGCCACAUUGACGUAGCCACCCAGGCGACGAUUAUUGGGUAUCUUGACAAGCACCUGAAAAGCCGCUCGCUGGCGACUGUGAUUGCAGCAUCAGACGAGUCUUACUAUGACCAGGCCCGCGAUAACCUCAAGAACAUAGGAAGCAGCGCGCUUUCCAAGAUUGCACGUGUCAACGUACAUGGCUACCAGUACGGAAACGGUGACCGUGUAGCCGUCCACGACCUGGCUGCAAAGGCCGGCAAGCCAGUCUACAACAGCGAGUACGGUGACGGUGAAGCAGCCGGUCAGCAAAUGGCAAGCAACCUGCUGCUCGAUUUCCGAUGGCUCAAGCCCGUAGCCUGGGAGUACUGGCAAGUCCUCGACCAAGGCGGCUGGGGCCUGAUUGACGCCGACAACGACGCCAAGACGGUGGGUGGUCCAACGCAAAAGUACUUUGUCCUCGCCCAAUUUGCCAGGCAUAUUCGUCCAGGCAUGCAGAUUCUCGAUGGUGGCAGUGACUAUACCGUCGCUGCAUACGACGCCAGUAAAUCCACCCUAGUCAUCGUAGCGGUCAACUGGGGCAAUGCGCAAUACCUCAACUUUGACUUGUCGAGCUUCUCGCAGCGUCCAGCGAACGGCGCAACAGUGACUCGCUGGGCUACCCAGAUCGGUACCGGUGAACAGUAUGGAAAGCACAGCGACACUGUCAUUAACGGAACCAAGUUCUGGUCGUACUUUGGAAAGAAUGUCGUUCAGACGUUCGAGAUUACGGGCGUCAAGCUGUAA